AUGUCAACCAAAAUGUUUGACAGAUGUGGUCCCAAAUUGAUAGACCCAGUUGAGGUCCAUGGUAGGGAUCCACAUCCAUCAGCUCUUCUACCUUAUCAUCCUCCAUAGGCUUGUGUAAUUGCACAGAAAUUUUGUCCAACGCUGCACAAGCACCCACAAUCAUGCAAACCUUUUCAGGUGCCAUUAUACCUUUUGCAUGCAUCACACAAAUUCGCCUUUUCUAUUGGUCAAAUGUGAGCUCAAUCACCACUCAAACCAAUCAAUCAACACUCCGCCUUUUUUUUUUAACAAUUAGAAUACUUUAACAGUAUAUUUAAGGAGUGUCUCAAGAGACAUGCCCCUCUUUAAAGAGUGCAAAAUACAGUCACUACAACAGCCGCAGAAUAAAUUCAGGAAGGAAGCCCUCCAGACUGACAAACAAGUUGAAGGCAGGUAUUCGUCGGGCUCACGAGACCUUCACAAGGCAGGCGUUAUCCUCUUAUAACCCAAAGGAGGAGUGGCGUAUCAUCCACCACAUACUGAAACCUAACCAGCAACCCUUACAGCAGGAUCCUGAUACGUUAAACUCAUUCUUUGCUUGUACUGCCGAGAGAACUUUACCUGUUAGUAGUGACUUACCUUCCUGUCUUGAAGAACUGAUAGAAUCUCUACGUGAUGAUAGCCCUGCUAAUUUCAAACUCUGA